AUGAAAGGCGAUGAAAUGACGAGGUAUGGAAAAAUGAUGGAUAAAAGGAAGAGUUGACAAGCUUUUAUUCUCUUCAGUAAAAAUGUUAAGUGGAAAUUCAAACUGGCACUAUAUUUCUGUAAAGGGAGUACAUUUAAUAAGCCUAUAUUUUACGCGAACGACAGAUCCAAAAAUAAAAAAGAGCAGCCGCAAAUAGCAAUUAAACAAGUAAUUUCAACAUAGGUAUAUUAAUUAAGUAAGCGCAACUCUCAUUUUAAUGACUAGAGCAGUACCCAGGUUCGGCAUACUUAGGAUGAGACUUCGGUUAAUCAUGACAGCUUUAAAAAUGGCAUGUUUUGUCGUAAAGUUGAGUUGCAAAGAAAAUAAUAGUCGGAAAGAACGCGGAAAAAUCGUAGUGGGCUUUCGAGAAAUACUUCCUGACGCAUGCAAUAUUUUUUAUUGCAUAUAAAUUUGCUAUGCUUCGCAACACAUAAACUUAAGCUUAUUGUGCGCCGAAAAAUUCCGAACGCAGUCAUCCCACUCCGAGCAACGUCUUGUUGUGAGCAUUUGACAACACUGCAAACCUGCCCUGUCCAGUAUUUUAGUGUGUGUGUUUUUUGAGUGCCUAUUGUGGAUUUUUUAUUUAUUAAGUUUUUAUUCUCUACAAAUGAUAGAAGACAAUGAACCUAUUUAUUGAACUUUGUUAUUUGGUGAAAUUCAUGAUCAGCAUCCUUUCAUAUCCCGUGCAACAAAAUAGUGCAUCAGUAUGAUAACUCUUUUUUUUUAUUAUUUGCAUUACAAUACAUUACAGAUACAUUACAAUACGAUAGACUAUAAACUUAAACGCUCUAGUAACUUUUCAAAAAAUAAUAAGUACAUUCCAAGAACACACGUUUAAGGGUACAGAGUCCAAAGGCAGAGUCCACUUCUUAUUAAAUUUGUCCAUUUUAUCAGUUUUAACACAUACAUACUUUUCUGUUUCAUACUUGAUUUUAACAACUCAUAUCUUUUUAGCAAUGAUAAGUGUGAUAAAAAGAUUGUGGUUCUACAUGGGUGGUUUUAGCAUGGCCAAGCCAGACUUGCAGCAAAGAAAAGUCAAUAUCUGCUAUCAAAUUUAGACUCCCAGAGCUUUUCUUCGCCAAAAUCAUCCUUUAAAGCAGGGGAUUAUUUUCUUGGUUUUUGGUUAAAAUCUAGACAAAGCAAGUGCCUUAUAAAAUUAAUAAUCUUGUAGCCUGUGAAUACAGUUUCUCCUUGCUCCUCACUGCUAGGGACGUUUCACCCGACUUAGCGACAGAAGUUCCAUACUGUCGACGUAAAUCAAUGUUUACAUUAUAAAUCCGGUAGUCAUGGUGUUCCAAAUGUAAAUUUGUUUGAUUUUUUGUUUCUCCUAGUACGUUAUGGUAAAGUUUAGUGUUCUUCUGCAAACAAGCUCCAGCAAAACUCGGCCGGAUGCUUUUUCUAAAGAAGAAUAUAUUCUGGGAAUUUUGUAGUAGAUUCAUCACGUUUACAUUUGAACUUUGUAGCCCUUUGUCUGUCAUUCAUAAACAGUUACUAAAACAAUAUAAGUACUAUCUUAAACAAUCAGAGCUCGUGACAAGAUUCCAGACAGAUUUUUCGUCAUCAGUCUCGAAUUUCUGACGCUGACUCACAGAUUUUCCUCCAGGCCAAACAUCCUUAGCUGCAAGGAGCAAGGAGAAAUGGCUGUAGCCAAAGGCUACUAAUAUCUUGUAGCCUGCCCCAGGCCAAAGAUAGUGGGGACAAUAGAUCAAAAGAAAAUGUGCAAAACCACUUGACUGGGUAGAUUGAGGUAUUUAAGAAGUUGCUUACAGGUUUUCUCCUCUCUACCUGCUGUUUUUCAUUUGCUUGCUUUUUCCGUUGCUCACUCGCUUUUUCACUUGUCUACAUUUUGACUGAGAGCCUGGCACAGGCUACUUGUCUUGUCUCUUGCUACCUCGUGCCCUGUUAGACCAUUCAGCUUUAGUGGGUUGGUAUAUCAAUUUUGUCAUUAAUUAUUGUGGGUCUAGCUUCUAGUUUUUCACAACCAUCAACUGUAUAUAGGGCCAAGUUGGAAGGAAAAUGGGGUGUUUUUACUACAAAUAAUAAUGAUGAUGAUGAUGAUAAUAACAAUAGUUAUAAUUAUACCUGGAUUUCUGAAAACCGUGUUAGCAAAAAAAACAACUCAAUCUACUACUUAGCAAUUUAAAACAAUGAAAAAGCCUUUAAAAGCCUUUAUCUGAUGCCAGGCAGUAAGUUAGUGGCCCCUAGAAACAUUUCGCCAAGUCCAAAUGUAAAAAGACACAAGUGUUAGAACAUUUAUUCAGUAAUCUGACUCCAUGAAGUUUCUUACCAUGGUCAUUUCAGUCUGGAAAUUUUUAAGCUGAGUGAAAUGUAGCCAAAAAGUGCCUGAUUAAGGCUUAUAUAACAACAUUAGGCGUACAUUACUUAAAUAGCUAGCAAAACACUGCUUUUUUCUCAGGUUGAUAAAUGACAGGAUUUUGCAUGAAACAGACAACAAAAUAUUGAAACAUAGUGCACAAAUUAUCAUCUGAUCUGAAAAAACCAGCCUACAGUGUAUAUAUGGUUCAAAGCCAAGUACCUGCUGAAACUAGCCCUAGAUCCAAUUUUGCUGAGUGGAGAAUUAGUUUUCUAAUUGUGUCAACUUUUUCCCAUUUCAGAGCUUUACAUGAUGCUCUUCAGGAAACUUUUCUCAUGGUGACCAACAACAAAAUUUAAUUCAGUUAACCAAAGCCAGCUUUAGGCACACACUGAUUUCAAAUAAUAUUACUGUCACUUGUGGUAGAGAUAGAAUUGUGGGUAGGGAUGGAAAAAGACCAAAGGGGGAUAGAGGGAGGAGAGGGGGGAGGUUAGAUAGAAAUUCACAAAAUUCUGUCCACAGCCACUUCUUCUACACCCAAACCAUGAAACAACCAAGAUAAGAUGCAACAUAAAGAAACAACACAGUAAACAGGCUAAGAAAGGGGAAGUUGAGAUUUUUUACAAAAUGUUUGCUAACCCGGUUUUCAUAAAUCCAGGUAGAAUAAUCUUAUAUUAAUGAUAAUAAUUUGCAUGUUAGUAACUCAACUGCAGGACUCUGAACUCAACCAGCUUUUCCAUCAUUUUUUUUUGUUCUUUCAGGAUAAUAUGGGAACUGAUCAAGGAAAAGCUUCUGUUUCCUUAUGUGGAUAUGGACAUUAAGUCCUAUGAUCUUUCAAUCCAAAACAGAGAUCAAACUGAUGAUAAAGGUGAGAUUGCAGUAGUACUAUACUGCUAUUUGCACUGUCUAAAGGAUUCACCUUUUUCACUACUAGGCAAGACUUGAUACCUGAGAUCCAGAGGUUUCUCCCAUUUUGCUUACCACAAUCUUGUCAUCAUCAGCACACCCUUCUCCCCACAGAGUCAAAGCUCAUCUGGUAGUCCAGGACAAGGAGAUUUUCUUGCUUGGCAAGUAAAAUUAAAAGCUGGUUUAGGCAAGUUAAUCCUCUAACAAAGUCGUAAGGAUAAGCAAGAAGUGGCUCCUGCAGGCAAGAGAAAUUUGAGAACUGCUUGCCAAAAGGACAAGUUGGAUUCAAGUUAUUUUUUUUUUCAAGCCCUGUAGAGUCCCACUCUCCUUUCCUCUAAAAGGCCCAGUCCUCUAAAUAACUCACUCUCUCUUCCGAAGAAAGCCAUGGUAAACUGGGAUUAAAACAACAAACAUGUACUUCUGAGACAAGAAUCUAAGGCAAAGAAAUUCUUAACUCCUGUAUGGUUGUGACGUUUAGUUACCAUAGAAGCAGCAGAAGCAGUGAGGAAGUACAAUGUUGGCAUCAAGUGUGCAACAAUUACUCCAGAUGAGAAGAGAGUUGAAGGUCAGUUUUGAGACAGAACUCUUUCAAAGGGUUGUUGUGUUAGUAGCACUAAAAGUGACUUUUUGAACGUGGCAUAAUAUCGUUCUGUUUAUUUAUCAUAAUAUAAUAUUACCACAACUGAUUGAUAGGUUCCUUCUGGAGGUACCAAGGCACAGAUUACGUACGUACAACAAAAGAAACAAUACAACCAAACAAUAAAGUCCUCUGCAGGCGAACUCUUUUGUUAGGUUCCUUUGUUUCUUUUGUGAUGACGGUACCUACAGAAAGACCCGAUUGAUAGUUUCCUUUAAACAUUACAAUGAUUAUUAUUUUGAAGCCAGUAGAAUAUAUGGGUAAACAAGAACAAUGCAAGUAUAGAUCAACAUUUGUUGCACUUUCUUGUUUCUUUCUCCAAAUCGCUGUCUUUCUCACUUUCUCAUAAAUCAAGGGAAGAAUUUCAGAUGAGAUUAAAAGGCACUUAGUUGAUUUUCCAUGCAACCCUUCGAACGUUACUUAUAAUUCAUUUCUAUUUUAUUUACAUUUUUCUAUGGUUUGAGUUUAAAUUUUUGCUUUCUACAACGUGUAAUUACUGGAAUUACUGUAGUCUGAAUACAUGUUUUUCUCAAUGAAUUAAUUUUAGUUUCUUGUUCUAAAACCCAGAGUUUAACUUGAAGAAAAUGUGGAAAUCACCAAAUGGAACAAUCCGUAAUAUCCUUGGAGGAACAGUGUUUAGAGAAGCCAUUAUCUGUAAGAACAUUCCGAGAUUAGUUUCUGGAUGGACAAAACCAAUCAUCAUUGGUCGUCAUGCUCAUGCUGAUCAGGUACAUGUACAUAAAAAAAAUUACUCAGGCUGUCUACAGCUCCAAUCAUCUUCCAAUCAUCAUAUUGUACAAACAAAUUAAUAUACAUGUAUCUUAAUUACCGGUAGUUCCAUUUGAAAUCUAGCGUGUUUUUUUCAUUUUAUUAAAUGUUUCAUGUCCUCCCCAAUCAAGAUAUUAAAUAAACUUGCCAUGCAAAAGCUAAUAAACAGAAUGAUAUUAUGUGGGAGUAAAGAAAUCAGAAAAAAACUUCAAUUAUAAUAAAAGUUAUAACAAAAAAGAAGGAGAUAAACAACAUACAAAAAAAUCAAUGAUAAAGGUAUGUAUUACUACUUUAGAAGAGAGGUCAAAAACCAUACCUUGUCCAGUGGCACGUCCCCAUAUAGGCCAUGUAAGGGAGUACCUCCAGAAAACCUGAUGAAAAUAUGUGAAAUACCCUGAGACAAGAAAACACCCUGUGAGAAACCCUGUGAAUUUUGCACAGCCUAAAUUUUGAGAAAAUUUCAAAAUUUAGGACCCCGUGAUAAAAUCUGCUACUAAAACAAGCCUGUGAAAAAACCUAUGAUCAAAGUUUAAGAAAAUUGCCCAAAAAACACCUCUGAAAAAUCCUGUGAAAAAAAAACUAUGAAAACAGUUUUGAGAAAAUUGCUUAAAAACGCCUCUGAAAAACCAUAUGAAAAUAGCUCAAAGGAAUAUCUUGAUGUUAUGUAAAUUCUUAACAUUAACACAGGAAUAGAAGGCCUGGCAAGCAAGAGUUCAUGUGCCUUUUUAACUGUCUAGCUAUUGUCCACAGUCAUUUAAGACAUUAAGCUCUAACCCUUGUCUAACUGAUGUUGGUAUGUAUGUUUUAAUUCCUUCAGUACAAAGCAACAGACUUUGUUGUCCCUGGUCCUGGUAAAGUAGAAAUGAUGUACACACCUUCUGAUGGCAGUGAACCAGUUAAAUACCUUGUACACAGCUUCUCUGGUGAUGGUGGAGUGGCAAUGGGAAUGUUUAACACAGAUGAGGUAAAACUUAUUUUAUUGAAGUAUCAUAAAUAAUUAAGUAUUGUUAUUUUCUUUUGAAAAAAUGCUUUGAUCAGUUUGUUGUGGGUUACUGUCAUCGUUGCUAGACCUUUCUAUUGAUUAUGAGCUGUUAAUCUCCCUUUAGCAGAUUAAAAGACAGUUGAUGACUGCAAGCACAUUUAAAUGAGUGUUUUCUUUUUCAGUUCAGUCUAAUACCUUUUGGACAUUGAAAAUAAAAAUUUAGUUGGUAUCAACAAAACGGUAUGUUGAGUGGGGCAUGAUAUACAGCUGCAGGUUACGCACAGCUAGUGGUCUAUCAUAAAAAAAACCUGAAGUCUCUUACUACAUGUACACAAGUGAUAAACACAGCAGUACUUCUUUCAGAUUUUACUGAUGUUAAAUUAUGUCAUGACAUUCUGUCAACAGUCUAUCAAGAAUUUUGCCCACAGUUCGUUUCAGUAUGCACUACAGAUGGGGUACCCAUUAUACAUGAGGUAAACUUACUUUUUACCCAGGUUUUGUAGAAUAAUAUUCUGUUCCAGGCUUUGACAAGAAAAACUUAACCUUCGCCCCUGAGCCGCCCGUAUUCGCCCGUGCGGAUCCACGUCCCUGCUAUCACUUGUGACGUCAUCAGUUUUAAAGGUCAAUGAUAACUGUGUUCCCUAACUUGUGCAGAGUGAAAAGGUCUUUCAAACCAUACCAGAAUGAGCACAAUUCAGUCAGGGACGCCGGAGAAAAAGGCCAAAAAAACAUGUAACAUUAACUUGGAAAUUUCCAUGAAAAUCUUGUUCCACUACCCACCUACUUUCCCUUUCAUCUAAUCCUAAGAUACUAAAAGCUUUCUUACAAACUUUUCCUACCAAAAUGAAUCCUACUAAAUGCCCAGCAAAAGAAACAAAAUGAGGCAAGAAAAGCGAAAAAAGAAGGGAGGAGAAAAUUUAAGCGAAAAGUAAAAGUCAAGACUGCUGUGUCACUUUUAAACCCCUCGAAAUUUUACUUUCUACGCAUGCCCAAACUUCGCAAGCUAAUAUUUUGCAUCUGGAUCAGAAGGCCGCGAAGUGUACGAACUGUGAAUGGCUUUAUGGUACGCUUUAGCUCUUUAUAACACGUCAGUGACCAGAAAACCGCUCGACUAGCGUUAAAACGCGUUUUUGGCAAAUUUUUCCAGGGGCGAAUGGGUUAAUGUGCUCAUUUUGUUCAUGCCAGUGACAUAUUGAGCUGCUCAGUCAAACUAGAUCCUCACUUAAAAUGUCCCUUGGGCUUGUAUUGCAAUAUGUCAAUUGGGUAGUGAAGAGGGGAGGGUCAUAGAUGUCUAUUCAAUUCAACUACUUUUCUUCGUCUACUUUUGGUACUUUUCCUACUGCAUUUCAGUUGCUAUGUAUAGCCAGAAAACUAUGCCCAAUUACCACACUGUAUUUAAAGACUCUUUAAUACCAGAUUUACUGAGGCCAUUCUAUGAUAGUGUCCUACAAAGUUACAUCUUCACUUAUGGUUGCUAUACAUAUCAUAGGUUAAUGUUCACUACCUGAUGAACUGGACGGUACAUGUAAAUGCCUUAUGUGAAUUGAAAACAAAUGCAUAAUUCAAAUAUGUUUACGACAUGUUUAAAGCACUCGUUGCAUACGAAGUUAAACCAGUAAAUUCCCUUGAGGUCAGCUUACAGUCGAACCUCCAGUAACGGCCACCGUUCUACAAUGGUAACGGCCACCACUGCGCGUCCCGAACUGCCGAGAUAACCUCUCGACAAUGGCCAGCGACUGACGAAGAAGUCAGGAAUGGUCGCAAAAUAUGAUCCUUCCGGCGCGUUGAUGAUUAAUCGCGACAAUCGUAUUUUGAUUGUGCUCCAUUUAUUCUGCUGCGGUAACCCUAAAUUUUCUGCAACACUUCACAGCGAAUGGGGUACAGUAUGCAUGAACUUGGCACAAUAAACAUGUUGUACUCUCCUAAAAAAAAUUGUCAUAUUACACCCCUGCGUCUCCAUAAGGGCCACCUCCCUACAACGGUCACUUUCUUUUGUCCUCAAGGUGGCUGUUGUGGAGAGAUUUAACUGUAUUUAUUUAAUCCUCCUUAACUCAUUAUGUCAUCAAUUUAAUAUCUUUUUCAGCACAAAGAACACAAUUUUGAAGAAGUAUGAUGGCAGGUUCAAGGACAUUUUCCAAGAAAUUUAUGAAAAGUAAGUUUACAAAAAUCAUACCGCUGAUUAUUGCUAUAUAAAACAGUAUUACAGAUUGUCACGUUUUGGACUGUUAGAGUGAGUUAGAAUAGAACAUGUUUUUAAUUGGAUAGAAGGGGAUUGGGAUUCUGGUGUAGGAGAGGGUAGGGACAAUAGUCUGGAACGUGGCUUUGGUUGGGGCCAUUAGAACUGCGUUAACACGUGUUUCUGAUGUAAGUUUUAAUUUUUCAUUGCUUAUUUGCAGAGACUAUAAAAAGAAGUUUGAAGAGAAGAACUUGUGGUAUGAACACAGGUUAAUAGAUGAUAUGGUAGCGUAUGCUCUCAAAUCUGAAGGUGGCUUCAUGUGGGCGUGUAAGAACUACGAUGGUGAUGUACAGUCGGAUUCUGUUGCACAAGGUCAGUGUUUGGGUGGGGGGGGGGGGGGUACUAAAAAAGGUUUUUUGAAGGGAGGCUCCCCCCCGGGGUCUAACCCUUUAUCGUUUUUUAUACCAUUUUUUUAAGGGGGGAGCCUCCCUGUAUAGGCCCUUAUAAGGGGUAUGCCCGGGGUUCGGGGGUGGGUUUUGUCUUGUACUAGCGGAAACCAUUCUAACAAAUCAAAAAAUAAAUAGGGAGUCGGGUUGUGUUAGAAGAAAAGGUUGAAGAGGGUUGGUGCAGGAUACGCCUGCUAUUGGGGGGGGGGGUGGGUGGGGGGAGGGGAGUGAUGUGGGGUGUUUGGUGGGGGGGGGGUGGGGGGGGGGGGGGGGGGGGGGGGGGGGGGGGGGGGGGGGUACUAAAAAAGGUUUUAUGCAGGGAGGCUCCGCCCCGAGGUCUAACCCUUUAUCGUUCUAUAUACCAUUUUUGUCAGAGUGGAGCCUCCCUGUAUAGGCCAUUAUAAGGAGUAUGCCCGGGGAUCAGUGGUUGGUUUUGUCAUUGACUAGCUGAAACCAUUCUAACCAAUCACAGAAAAACUGAUUAAAGAAUGAAGAAAGUUUCUCGAAAGUAGCCUGCGUCCGUGACGGUUUUAUAAGGGAAGGUCAACGGAGAGGAGGGCAAACGGAAGCAGUGCUCAUUCUCGUGGCUUUGCUGCUCGCUCACUCCUCUCCUCAGCACAACUGCUGCUAGCUAGCCAGGGUUUUUUCAAUAGUUUUCUCUUUUUUUUUUAUUUUUUCAGGAAAUGAACCGAGCACAAAUCCAGACAAUUUUAACUGAUUGUAAAAAUUUUAUUGACUUCAAGGAAUGCAUGAAUGGAACCUUUCUAGAAGCAGGCGUUGUAUCAAAACUUUCUAAGACAUUUCUUUUACCAUCUGGCUGUCAAGUUGUCCAAAGAUUCCGCUCAAAAGUGAGCUGUUCAAUAUCUUUCAAACUACACUUCAAUAUCUUUCCGAUUACACUGUAAAAAUUCCGGUCUAACUCACCCACAACCUCGUUCCCAGGGUUUUCUCCUAGACGGGUAGGAGAGAGAACCUGGGUGAAUCGUUUUUUUUUUUUUUUUCUGAGUAAUUUACGGAUCGUGGUGAUGUUUUGCAGGUUUUGGUUCACUGGGAAUGAUGACAAGUGUUCUUGUUUGCCCUGAUGGCAAGACAGUUGAGUCUGAGGCAGCUCAUGGAACAGUAACAAGACAUUACCGCAUGCAUCAACAGGGGAAAGAGACCUCCACUAAUCCAGUUGGUAAGAAACCAGACUGUUCACUGUUCCUUAUUUUACCGUAAGACCGUCGAGAUCAAAGACUUUGCGUUAUGGGUGGCCAUCUUGGAUGAACAUCAAAUGUAUUUAGGGAUCGGGGGGCACGGUUUGAGAGGAGGCGAGAAAGUGCCUCUGUCCCCCUACCUCUAUAAACCCCGACGCCCUCCCCCUCGGUACAUAUGAAACCACCGGUCAAGCCCGAUUUUUUUAAGGUUCUUUUUCAACCGCUCAGGUUGUUCAUUCUGUUGUGAAGAUCAUGUUCACUUUAAUAACAGGCUUCUCUUCAUUUCAUUUUAAGCUUUUACUGUCACAUUCUUGCAAUUUUUUACAAGCCUGCCAGGAAGCUUUAUUGUGAGGAUGAGCAUAGGCCAUAGGGCAAUUCUUUUUUGUCCUUAUUAAUUAUCUGUUGUGUGUCUUAUUUGUCUGCAGCGUCAAUUUUUGCUUGGACACGAGGCUUGCUUCACCGAGCUAAGCUUGAUGGUAAGUAUUAAUGUCAAGUACCUGAAGGAACCUGACGUAAAACAUUUCUUUAGUCUUAACUAAAUGGACCAACUUUCAUGAACGCAUUUUGAUUUGCGUGAAAAUGUCACGAGGUAGAUAAAGAGCUAGAUAAAAAAACAUUAGGAGAAGGAAUUAAUUACGUUUUAGAGGAUUUAACGAAAACAAAAAACGAACAUGUUAAACUCCCUUUGGCUGUAUAUACCGGCACUUCUGCAUCGAAAUUUGCCCUCCGAGUUUAUAUCUGUCCCCCUAGUUUAGUUCUUUGUAAUUCAUUUUCUGUGUACUUCAUGAAGAGAGGUAUCUGCUUGAGAGAUAAAACCAUCAGAAGGAAGAAAAGACGGAAAUAAAAAAUGGCUUUAAAAGCAGCACAGCUUUCGUGUUCACCACCGCUAACAUGAAUUAGAGUUCGCUGUAUACUGGCACUAGGCCAGAAGCGCUGGACGGGCAAGAAAUCACUGGGACGUCCCGGAGCGAGCCGGCGCGAAAUGUGCGCGGAGUCACGCAGACUAUUUUUGUUGUUAAUAAAAUGUUUUUUCAAUACGGAGAAAAUUGGAACCUUAUAAGCUAAUUUGGGUGCUCUUCAUUCAUAUCGGUGUCGGACAAAAGUAAAAGGAUUAAAACGGGUGUUCACCAAAUCGCCUGAUUGCAAAAAUGUUAAGACAACACCAUAGCGUCUGAGACCAUUCUCAACUGCUCCUUUGACUGAGGUAUCAUUGCUGUGUUUUUACCAUUCUUGAGUAAUGUAACUGGAUUGUGGUGUAAAAUUAGACAUAUCACUCAGUAACUUUGUAUCUAUUGUUACUCCAGGGAACGACAAUCUUACAAACUUUUGCCGUACUUUAGAAGAAACCUGUGUUGAUACAAUCGAAGCUGGUCACAUGACCAAAGAUCUUGCUGGCUGUAUCAAAGGAUUGCCGAAUGUUCAGAGAUCAGAUUACUUGAACACAUUUGAGUUUCUUGAUAAAAUAGCUGAGUAUCUGGCUGUCAAAUUGAAGCAAUGCCCGAAUCACCAUUUGUAGGGUAGUUACUUUCUAGUACCGUAAAAUUCCGAAAAUAAGCCCCUCCAUGUGUAAGCCCCUCCAAACAUAAUCCCCCCAAACCGGUAACGCAAAAAACCCUCCGUUAAAUCGCCCCUCCAAAUAUAAGCCCCCUGGGGGCUUGUGCUUGGAAAAUUGCCCUCAAGUACAAAGUAAAACAAAGCAAAAACGGUAAAUUUCCUACCAACUAUAAGGCUAGCCCAAUCGAUUUGGAAACGCAAAUUUCCCUCCGUAGAUAAGCCCCCCCGAAUAUCAUGAGCCCCUCCAAAAAUAAGCCCCUCAAAAAGGGUCGUUGAAAAAUAUAAGCCCCGGAGCUUAUUUUCGGAAUUUUACGGUAUUUUAUAUGGAGGGAAACAUUUUACCCUUGAAUAAAUUAAUACGGCUACGCCAAAGAUGAUGAGACGACACAUUAGUGACCUUCUACCUGUAGGUAAUAUUGCAAUUCAAUUUUUUCGGUUAGUUUUUUUACUCAUUUUGCUUUCCAAAUAAUAAUAAUAUUUUAAUUUGUGAAAGAGGAUAACUUAAGUUGUAAUCAAGUUGACUAUUCCGUGACUUUGAAAACAAAAAGCUCAUAUUUUUAAUAAUAUUAAAUUGAUUAAAGUUGUUAACUUAAUUUUUUUAAAAUUAGACUUUGAGCAAAAUCAAAGCGAACGAAAAUAAUAUUUUAAAUUUGACCAAACACAGAUGUUAUUACAUACACUCAUGCGCACCCCAACUGAUUGACUGCAAAUCUGCAAAUACAAAAGAAUACUUUUUCUGUGCUGACAGUAAAAUUGGGUUUUAUUUAGAUGCUUUAGAUUUCUUCGGUGUCUGUAUCGAUUGUUUUUAAUGGGUAGGUCCAAUUCAGUUUUCUCUUAGUUGUAUUUUCAGUACAGGACGUUAUUUACCAUUUACCAUAGUCACUUUAUUGUUUUACCUGUGCACUCACUUUCGAGUCAAAAAAUGUUAACAUUUUCGCAACCUGAAUAAUAAAGAUACAGCCUGCAAUCUGUUGCGUCAG